GUGAUCUCAUUCCCACCCCUCCUCAUCACAUCGCCCGCGUGAGCGAUUGUUGUUGAUAAAAAAAUAAAAAUCCUCCCUCCCUCCCUCUGAAACUGGAACUGGAGCUCCUCUCUCUCUCUGGCCGUGGGGAGCUCUAAACCCUAGCGGCAGCGGCAGGGGAGCCAGAUCGCCGCCGCGAUGGAGAGCCCCGUGAAGGAGGAGGUCGGCGGGGAGCUGGCGAUGGAGAUCGAGUCCAGCGUCACGGCCGAGGACUGGCGCCGCGCGCUCUCCCGCGUCGUGCCCGCCGUCGCCGUCCUCCGCACCACCGCGCCGCGCGCCUUCGACACCGAGGUCGCCGGCGCCAGCUACGCCACCGGCUUCGUCGUCGACAAGGCCCGCGGCAUCAUCCUCACCAACCGUCACGUCGUCAAGCCUGGCCCUGUGGUCUCGGAGGCGAUGUUCGUGAACCGGGAGGAGAUCCCUGUGUACCCCCUGUACCGAGACCCUGUACAUGAUUUUGGUUUUUUUCGCUAUGACCCAGGUGCCAUAAAGUUCCUCAAGUAUGAGGAGAUCCCUCUAGACCCUGAAGCAGCAUCUGUUGGGCUAGAAAUCCGAGUUGUCGGCAAUGACAGUGGCGAAAAGGUUUCAAUUUUGGCGGGAACACUUGCUCGACUGGAUAGAGAAGCGCCUCACUACAAGAAGGACGGGUACAAUGAUUUCAACACAUUCUAUAUGCAGGCUGCAUCUGGAACUAAAGGUGGCUCUAGUGGUUCCCCAGUUGUUGAUUGCCAAGGAAGAGCUGUUGCCCUGAAUGCUGGAAGCAAAUCUUCCAGUGCUUCUGCUUUUUUCCUUCCAUUAGAACGUGUUGUUAGGGCACUGAAUUUGAUACGUGAUUGUUGGGAUGCAUUUGGUAUCAAGUCAGAAUCUGUUUAUAUUCCUCGUGGUACACUGCAGAUGACCUUUCAACACAAAGGAUUUGAAGAAACUCGGCGUCUUGGACUGAGGAAUGAGACAGAGCAGAUGGUACGCCUUGUUUCUCCAGCAGGCGAAACUGGAAUGCUAGUUGUUGACUCUGUGGUGCCAGAAGGACCUGCACAUAAACAUUUGGAACCUGGUGAUGUGCUAGUUCACAUCAAUGGGGAGGUUGUAACCCAGUUUCUCGCAAUGGAGACUUUACUUGAUGACAGCGUCGGCAAGGAGGUAAAUUUGCAGAUUGAAAGAGGUGGAGUGCCUUUGACAGUAAAGUUAGAGGUUGAGGAUUUGCACUCUAUAACUCCAAAUCAUUUCUUGGAAGUCAGUGGUGCUGUCAUCCAUCCACUUUCAUACCAGCAGGCUAGAAACUUCCGGUUCAAAUGUGGUCUUGUAUAUGUUGCUGAGGCAGGGUACAUGCUCUCUCGGGCAUCGGUUCCACGCCAUUCAAUUAUCAAAAAGUUUGCGGGAGAGGAUAUUGAAAAUUUGGAUGACCUUAUUGCAGUUAUUUCAAAGCUGUCUAGGGGAGCACGAGUGCCUCUCGAAUAUGUAAAGUACACUGACCGUUAUCGGAACAAGUCUGUACUGGUGACAAUUGAUCAACACGGUUGGUAUGCGCCUCCUCAGUUAUACACUCGAAAUGACGCAACUGGUCUGUGGAAUGCAAAGUUGGCUAUACCGCUCGAAUCUCCCUUUGUAGUUUCUCAUCGUGCCGGACAUAUGGAUGCAAACUUAAAUUCUGUUUCACCUUUGACUGAAUCAAGUCCUAUGGAUCUCAAAUGCCAGCACGAGUCUGAAAAUACGGCAGAUGGAUGCGUAAAAAUGCAAACAGAUGAGGAGAUUGCCGUAGAUGGAUCCCACUCUGGCGAAGAUUCCAUCAUUGAGAAAAAAAGGCGCCGGGUGGAUGAGGAGAUAGCUGCUGAGGGAACUAUAUCAUCUUUUGGAGAUUUAGAUGACAUAAAAGAUGGCGCAUUGAGGCAUCCUUCCAGUGUGGAAGGCUCUGACCUUGCUCGGACAAUAUCAAGUAAUGCUUCAUUGGCAGAACAAGUAAUUGAGCCAGCUCUUGUAAUGUUUGAGGUGCAUGUGCCACCAAUAUGCAUGCUUGAUGGAGUGCAUUCUCAACAUUUCUUUGGAACCGGUGUGAUAAUAUAUCAUUCUGACUGCCUAGGUCUGGUUGCCGUUGAUAGGAAUACAGUUGCUGUAUCUAUCUCUGAUAUAAUGCUCUCUUUUGCUGCAUAUCCCAUUGAAAUACCUGCAGAGGUUGUUUUUCUGCAUCCUGUUCAUAAUUUUGCAUUGGUUGCCUAUGAUCCUUCUGCACUGGGAGCUGGUGCAUCUGUUAUUCGAGCUGCUAAGCUUCUUCCUGAACCUGCCUUGCGCCGAGGAGAUUCUGUCUACCUAGUUGGGCUAAGUAGAAGCUUACAGGCUACAUCAAGGAAAUCAACCAUAACUAAUCCUUGCACGGCUGUUAAUAUUGGCUCAGCUGACUGCCCACGAUAUCGUGCAAUAAAUAUGGAGGUCAUUGAGCUUGAUACUGAUUUCGGUAGCUCAUUUUCGGGUAUAUUGACGGAUGAGCAAGGAAGAGUUCAAGCGUUAUGGGCAAGCUUUUCCACCCAGCUCAAAUAUGGUUGUAGCAGUUCAGAGGACCAUCAGUUUGUUAGAGGUAUACCAAUAUAUGCAAUAAGUCAAGUCCUUGAGAAGAUAAUCUCGGGUACUCCUGGACCAUUUCGGCUUAUCAAUGGAAUUCGAAGGCCAAUGCCACUUGUCAGACUUCUGGAGGUGGAACUUUAUCCAACUUUGCUCUCGAAAGCAAGAAGCUAUGGAUUGAGCGAUAACUGGGUGCAGGCUCUCGCUAAGAAGGACCCUGUGCGCAGACAAGUCUUGCGGGUCAAAGGUUGUUUGGCUGGAUCAAAAGCGGAAAAGCUUCUGGAACAGGGAGAUAUGAUUCUGGCUAUCAACAAGGAACCAAUAACAUGCUUUCUUGACAUCGAGAAUGCUUGCCAAAAGUUGGACCAAUCUAUCGAUUCAGAUGGCGUGCUUAACAUGACAAUAUUUCGUCAGGGAAAAGAAAUUGACCUUAUUGUUGGAACCGAUGUAAGAGAUGGUAAUGGUUCAACAAGGAUGGUGAAUUGGUGUGGAUCCAUAAUUCAGGAUCCUCAUUCAGCAGUGCGUGCACUUGGUUUCUUGCCCAAGGAAGGUCAUGGAGUUUAUGUUGCUAGAUGGUGCCAUGGAAGCCCCGUACAUAGAUAUGGUCUUUAUGCUCUCCAGUGGAUAGUUGAAGUUAACGGGCAACCAACUCCAGAUCUGGAGUCCUUUAUUGAAGUGGUGAAGGGAUUGGAAGAUCGUGAGUUCGUUAGGGUGAAGACUGUCCACUUGAACGGAAAACCACGUGUGCUCACUCUGAAGCAGGACCUUCACUACUGGCCGACCUGGGAGCUCACUUUUGAACCGGAGACCGACACAUGGAAGAGGAGAACAAUAAAGGCGUUGCAGCCAACCGGGGCUUGAUUUAUUCUGCUUUGUUGUGAUAUUUUCAGCGGGCCUCGGCCUUGUCUAGGAAGGCCAAGCAUGGAGAGGUGAGGAACUCUGAAAUGCUUGUCGAUGCCGGUGAGCUAGAAUCAGGGUGGGCACUAGGAGGAUAUAGUGUAGUUCAUAGAUGACAUAUGGAUUGCCUGUGGAUAAUUGGACUGCGAGGUGUGUCCUUUCUGUACCUAUUGGAUAUAUUUGUUAUUCUCCUGUAGUAGAAGCAAUAAACCAUUUAGCGAUUUA